GGGUCUAUAAUUUUGACAUACCCUGUAUAAAAGAUUAUUUCAAUUAGUGAAUUUGUGAGUUAAAUACAUUGAAUGGAUUUUAAAUUUCAUUCGUAUCCAUUUUUAAUUUUGAAAUGGAUAGUAUUAAUUUCAAUCUCGGAUUAGUUUUUGUCUUUUUGAAUGUUGUAAUUUCUAAAUAAAUCUCGCUGCUCUUUUAUUGUUUGAGAUUGAGAUUAAUCAGCAUAGGCAACAGAUAUUUUUCUGGAAAGACUUCACUUCUAAAAAAAAGAACUUUUUUUUUAUAAUUCAGCUCAAUCAUCGAAAACUGCUCGAUGCAAUUUUUGCUGUGUGCGGUGUACCUGAUGCACUUUUUCGCCCGAUUAGUUCAUCGGUGGAUAAACUUGAUAAAACACCAUGGGAUACUGUUCGGAAUGAGAUGACUAACGAAAAAGGUUUACCAGGUGAUAUAGCUGACAAAAUUUGGUCAUAUGUACAAUUACGCGGUGGUGCCGAUCUGGUCGACCAACUUCGAAAGGAUUCACAAUUGUGUGCACAAUCAACAGCUAUCGAAGCGCUCAAUGAACUUGAAUUACUCUUUCGCUAUUUAACUUUGUAUGGUGUGAUGGACAAAAUCGUAUUUGAUUUGAAAUUGGCGCGUGGUUUGGACUAUUACACUGGUGUUAUCUUUGAAGCUACGCUCAAUUCUUAUCAAUAUAAUCCAACGUUAGGUGAGGAUCAAGUAGCAGUAGGAAGUGUGGCAGGUGGUGGUCGAUACGAUGAACUCGUGAACAAGAUCGAUUCGCGUCAAAGUCGUGUACCCUGUAUUGGUAUGAGUAUUGGCGUUGAACGCAUUUUUUCCAUCAAAGAGCAUCAACUUGCUGAUUCGAAUACUCAAGCAAAAACUGUUGAAACUGAAGUAUAUGUUGCCUCGGCUCAUAAUGAGUUACUUGAAGAACGAAUGAAAUUGUGCGCCUAUUUGUGGGAAAAUGGAUUCAAAGUAGAAAUGUCAAUGAAAAAAAAUCCAAAAUUGCUCGAUCAAUUCCAGUAUUGCGAAAAGUGUCAAAUCGAAUUAUGUAUUAUCAUUGGCGAGUCUGAAUUGAAAUCCGGCAUUGUCAAAAUCCGUAAUGUGUUCACUCGAGAAGAGGUUUGUAUUGAUUUAUUCUUCCCUACACUGCAAUGCGCAAAAUAUUCGAUUGUGUCGUAUUUCCAAAGUCUAUUGAUGUACAGAAAUUCAGAAUGUUUUCAUCAUUUUUAAAGAUUUUAGAGAAUUUUUUGGAUUUAGGAGUCAUUUCGGUAAAGAUUUUUACUGAAUUUAAGCUUAAAACGAUAGAACCUGUGAAGUUAGAUGAAAGAUGAAAUAUUUCACUUCUACUUUUUUAAUGCAAAGGAACCAUUCAAUGUAUGAAGUCAAGCUCUUUAUUCAAUCUGAUAUUAGCAAUCUGAUCGAAUAUCUUGGAAUUAUUGCACAAUGAGUAUAUAGAUUGAUUUUUGACCAAAAGCUAAAUUCGACCUUAUAUAAUUUAACAUAAGAGCAAAUAUAUGAUAAAAAAUGACGUCGUAAAUUUCAUACACAUCGAGCUAAGAAGUCUUAAUUUAAAUGAACCGAUAAAACUUGAUUUAUUCUUUUUUGAUGUUUAUCUAUAAAGGUAAAAACCAGAAGAAAAAUAUCUCACGCCAUGUUUUUAAAAUGUUGAGUGGGUAUUAACCACUUCGGUCUAUCAGGUUUUAGAUACACCAAUUUUUCAAAGCUUCUUAUUCGAAUGAAGAAAAGCGCAGCCUCUAAAUUUAGUUCUUGAGCUUAUAAAAAAAAUAUUUAAGAAUAUUGUACUCGGAAUGAAUUUUCAAAACAUUCUUUGGAUGUCCGAAUGGUCUGAUAUCUUGAUGAACUAAGGGAGUAAUAUAAAUAAUGAAGAUAUAACAUAUAGGAGGUCUCUCUCUUUUACUUCAAUUCAGUUUUGAGAACGUGAAGUCUUUUUUAGGCUAUGAAAAUGAUGAAAAGGGUCAUAUCCAUAUUCAAUUCUAGAUACGAAAUUAAGACAAAACAUUCUUGCAGUUUUACCGAAGGAAUGAAGAUAGAUUAUCGCUUUACUUUCCAAACUUUACUCACUUUUUGUGUAAAUUUAAAACAAAAUCUAUCUUCAAAUUCUUCUACAAAAAAAGGGUUUUU